AUGAAAAAUAGGAUUUUGGAAUCAAAGAGGUUUUCCUGAGGAACCUUUUGGAGUUGCUUAUACAGAGAUCACCCUAAGAAGCAAACAUGCCUAUGGAAGGAGGAACCAAAACAGACAUGGAGCGGAUUGGCCUCUUCAGUGAGAUGGAGUAUAUUACUAUCGGUGAUAAAUAUGUGUCAUUAUAUAAUCGACCCUUUAAUGAAGCUGCUGGCAAAAAUAGGCAAAUGCUACCUGGGGGAUCCAAACAAAUGUCAGAUCUCCAAGCCGGUUAUUUUGAACCCCAUUUUGGAAGGAUUUUCGAAGGUGAAAGCUAUUCAAAUGCAAACCAAUUGAGGAGACAUUUUAUGAUGGAAGAAGCCAAAAAAAACAUAGGCAAAGCCUUCCUCCCUUCUAAUGGAAGUAAAAAGUCUUCUGGAUUAGGAAGCUACUAUGGAACAAUUGGUGGCCCAGUCCCAUUCUUCAGUGCAGAGCUAAAACCCAAAGAGAAGUAUAAGGCGCCUGGAAAGAAUUUGUACACAACCCCAGGAAAGAAAGGAACUGGAUAUGGAUAUGCAAAUAUUACCAUAGGCAGACAUCCUUCACACUCUGCUGAUCUUUUUGAUCAACCUAAAGAAAAUUCUAAGAAAGAGAUGGAAGAACACCAUCGUUUACUGAAAGGGGCUCCCUUCAAGUUAAAUCUUUACCCCAGAGAUUAUUUUGAUAGCAAUCCCUACUAUUCUGAUGUAACUUUACCACCAAUUAAAAAAGAAGAACAGAAAAAAAUAACUGAAAGCCAUUUUAAGCCUCCUUCUCCUGGGAAAAAGGCUGGUGGAAUGAAGGCAGGGACGUUUGACCCAUACCCUUCCCAUUCCAGUGAUCCUUACAGUGUGAAACCAGAAGCCACAGCUUCCAAACCACCUAAAGUUUUCCACCCACCAGGUGUACCAAAACGCAGGCCUGUUGAAAGUAUAAUGACCAUGCAUAUCAGAAAGACGAUAAAUAAGAAGAACUACAAGUAUGCUACGGUACAAUCUUAUUAAUGUCUGGAAGAGAAAAGUACUCCCUGUCAAAUGAUAAUCAUUUGAAAAUAUAUAAGAUGUAAAACAGUAGAUGAAGUAUUUAAAAAGAAACUUAAGCUCGCGUUUCUAAUAUUCUUUCUUGUUUCAGUUAUAUUACCUAAAGACUAUCAUUUUUCAAUAAUGUAACAUA